AUGCCUUUCCGGAGCAUUCAGCGGUUUGUUUCUCCGGGUUCCCCUAUAUCUCGUCUUCUUAGCAUCCGCCUGUUUUCCCAAUCGGCCGUCAUGCACGAAAUAGCUAUACUCAAUUAUCAACAAGUGAAAAAACUGAGUGAACGGAAUCCUGCCGAUUUAAACGGCUCUUCCGUGCUUGUUGACGUUCGCGAACCUGACGAGUUUAAGGCAGGUGCCAUUCCUACAGCUGUCAAUUUGCCGCUGAGUGUAAUAGACUCAGCCAUGAGAAUGGACGAUGCGUCCUUUGAGAAGAAGUACGGAUUUCGGAAACCUUCCGUGACCGAUCAUGUCAUCGUUUACUGUCGUUCCGGUAAACGCAGUACCAAUGCCUCUCAAAUACUCGAACGGCUUGGUUACUCGAAUUUGGGAAAUUACGUCGGUUCGUAUCUUGAUUGGGCAAGUCACAACACAAAUGCUUAA